AACUUCAUCCAAACGGCAUCGUGCCUAAUCAGAGAGAGCAGUGAGCAAGCUUUUUCCCUUGGACUCCCUUGGAUUACGGCGCGACUGCUGCUCUGCUUUAAAGUUUGAUAAGGCGUUUUUGUAACGACUGCGCAGUGGAAACAGGUACCUACUGAAGCAACACACCUUUCAGUAAUUAGGUGCCAAAUCAAGGAAGUCCAAGGCAACAACCAUGACUGAUGUGGCACAGAAAACAGAGAUCCUCCUUUCUUCAACUAAACCUGUUCAAAAAUCCUAUGUGCCCAAACUUGGGAAGGGCGAUGUAAAGAAUAAGUUUGAAGUCAUGCAGAAGUCAAGGGAGGAGAGGAGUCAAAGACGAUCAAUAGAAGAGAGGCAACGAAGAAAGGAACAGUAUAUUAGAGAGAAGGAAUGGAACAGGAGAAAACAAGAGCUGAAACAGUUACUUGCUUCUGAUGAUGAUGAUGAUGAGGAAGAAAAAGCCAGUAAGACUGACAAAGGAUAUGUUCCAAAAUUAAAAGGAACUGUUAAAGGCAAAUUUGCAGAAAUGGAAAAGCAGAGGCAAGAAGAAGAAAAGAAACGGAUGGAGGAAGAAAGGCAACGAAGACUGCAUCAGGACUUGAUAGAGAAGAAAAAGAUACAGCGUGAGCUUUUAAAGAAAUCUGCAGAGGAUGAAGAGGAAAGGAUUGCCAAAGAAACAAAAGUAUCAGUCACACCAGGGAAACUGAAGUUGUCAUUUGAAGAUUUGGAAAAGCAAAGACGAGAGCAGCAAAAACGUCAGGCAGAAGAAGAGGCAAGAAUUCGACUGGAAAUGGAGAAAAAAGCAUUUGAAGAAGCCAGACAAAUGAUGGUAAACAGUGAGGAGGAGAAGGAAAAUGCACUGGACAAAGCAAGCAAUGAGGAGGUGCGUCCUGGUAAACUGAAACUUAGCUUUGAGGAAAUAGAAAGGGAGAGGAAAGCGGAGGAUAAAAGGAAAGCUGAGGAGGAAGCCAGACGACGAAUGGAAGAAGAAAAGAAAGCAUUUGCUGAAGCAAGAAAAAGCAUGGUGCUCGACGACGAUGAUGUUUCUGGAGUUGUUACUACUAAGGAUACUUUGCAGCCUGGAAAACUUAAGCUAAGCUUUGAAGAGCUAGAAAAACAAAGACGUGAGGAGGAGCAGCGUAAAGCAGAGGAAGAAGCUAGAAGACGCCUAGAGGAAGAAAGACGUCAAUUUGCAGAGGCAAGAAAAAACUUGAGCCCUGACCAGGAUAACAUUCUACAGGAUCAUGAAUGUUCAAUGUUGGAGAAUUUCGGAGAUGAAGAAGUUGACGAGGAGGACUCAAUGGAGAUGAUUAAAACAGUUUCUCAAGAGUCGCUUGUUCCACGCAAACUGGAAAUCAACUUUGAAGAAAUGCUGAAACAAAAGACUGAGGAAGAGAAAAGAAGAACAGAAGAAGAGCGAAGACAAAAACUUGAAAUGGAAAAGCAGGAAUUUGAACAACUGAGACAAGAAAUGGAAGAGGAAGAAGUAAACGAAAGCACUGAAAUAAUAAGCAGAGAGUAUGAAGAACUUUCCAGACUGAAAAGAACUGGCUCAAUUCAGGCAAAGAAUUUAAAAUCAAAGUUUGAAAAAAUUGGACAGCUAUCUGAAGAAGAAAUACAGAAAAAAAUAGAAGAAGAGCGGGCAAGGAGAAGAGCAACGGACGAAGCAAUCAAGGAGAGAGAAGCAGAGCAUUUCCAAGAUAUGCUAAACCUCAAGAGGGUUUCUUGCAGAUCAGGCUGUCAGCUCAUCAGGAAACAGGAACCAGAAGAAACUGAAAGGAAACCAGUCAGGAGGGAUGAUGUUCCAUUUACCCACAAAGUCAACAUGAAAGCUCGAUUUGAACAAAUGGCAAAAGCAAGGGAAGAGGAGGAAAGGAGAAGGAUCGAAGAACAAAAAUUACUAAGGAUGCAGUUUGAACAGCAAGAAAUUGAUGCAGCAUUACAGAAGAAAAAGGAUGAUGAUGAUGAAGAAGAAGAAGAAAGCAUCGUUAACGGUUCCAGUUGUGAAUAUGAAGAAGAACAUACACGUUCUGGUGCGCCCUGGUUCAAGAAACCACUGAGAAAUAUGUCUGUAGUGGAUAGUGAACCUGUACGAUUUACUGUUAAAAUCUCUGGAGAGCCAAAACCUGAAGUGACAUGGUGGUUUGAAGGAGAAAUGCUGCAAGACUGUGAGGACUACCAGUACAUUGAAAGGGGAGAAACAUACUGCCUUUUCUUACCAGAGACCUUUCCAGAAGACGAAGGAGAGUACAUGUGCAAAGCGGUCAAUAGCAGAGGCACAGCUGCCAGCACCUGCAUUCUCACUAUAGAAACUGAUGACUACUAAUGCCUGCCUUUUGCUGGAAGCUUCCUUCUCUCCUUGCCAUUUUUGCUGCAUUCAUCUUUUCUCCUGUGGUGGGGCCAGUUACAGAAAACAAAUUGCUUUGCUAUGUGUCAUUCCUUUCUUAGUCAUUGUGCUAGCUUGAAACUGCAUGAACACCAUUUAUACAUCUUGUCGUUUUUCAUUUUAGCAUGGUUUCAUUCAAAGGUACCAGCAAAGAUGUAUGUCUUUAUAAAAAAACUGUAUCAUGUAAAGCAAGCUACACUGUAUUGAGAAGGCCACAGGACAAGACAUGCAAUAUUUAACUUACAUGAACUGUGCUAUAGCACUCCAUUAGAGUGAUAAUAACUUUUGGUUGGAAUUCUACAUAAACAUUUUAAAUGCAUCUGUUUUCUGAACACUCUGUAUUGUAAUAAUUCUUUCCAGUAGUGUUACGUAAUUUGCUAAGACUUCUUUAAAAGUUUGUGUAAGGUACUGCACCUUGAGUAGUUCAUUACCAGAAACAAAACAAAUUAAUCUAAAAAGAUGUCAAAAGGGAGUUGAAUGAAGUGUUAUUUUGAUAAUGCAGUUAUGUCAUAUGUUGUGUCAAUAUAAUUUCUUUAAUUAUAUACAGAUACAUGAUUUCAGAGAAUGGUAGCCAUGCAGUAAAUUCCUAGCAGUAUUGUAAUGCUAUACAGUAUCUUUUUUUUUUUUUUUUUGAGAAGUUGUCUUCUUUGAAAACAUCUCUGUGCAGCAUGCCUUGCACAUUUUUUAUGUGACUUGAUAAAAAUGAAGUCUGCUCACCUAGAACACAAAUGCAGUGCAUUUUACAUAAAUAGAACAAUCUUUAUGUGAUCUAAGAGUUAAAGUUGGUCAAACAACUUGUUCUUUCACUUCAGCCAUGCUCUAGAGGUAGAUCAUUGGUGAAUAUAAGUUUAGUGCACCUAGAGGAAACACAAUAAAAGAAACAUGAGAAAAACUUACAGUGCAUUUCCCUUUAGAAGCAGAGUUGCUUCCUCUUCAAGGAAAAAAAAAACUUUCAAAGUUACAUUUAUACAGUAAAGUGUAAAACAUUUUUGUAUAAACUUUGUUAGCUUUCUGAACAGUUUUAACUACACGGUUUGUAAAACUGCUGUAAUUUCUGUUAUGUACUGUAACACUUAAGUUAUAAUAAAAAAUAUGGAAAAAAUGA